AAAACGAACGAAAUGUGAAGAUAAGGUGCUUAGAGCAAUACCGAAUGAAAUGUGGGGAUACGGAGCAUUUUCACUGCUUUGCGAAGAGUUGCAGCCAGCAGAUAAGGCCCCAAUUGCGUGCACACAGUCGAAUAUAACAUAGUUCACAAAAGUCAAGUUACAGGGUGAUGUCCUACACUUGAAAAGUUAUACCCCAUCCAUUUGUUUGUGUGCAGGAAAUAAUGGCAAAUUUGCAAAAUCCACCUGCUCUUCACAGGGCAUUGUCUUCUUUAACUACCUGUCAGAGUUGGUUCUAAGAGACACAUCCAUCUAGCCAGACAUAGAUAAGGAGCCAAUUUUGAAAUGUUGAUGCCUGCUCUGAAUGCUGCCCAAUCUGUUCAGGUGCUUAUGCUCAACCAGACUUCUGGAGUAACAUAUAAGAGAUGCACUCCACCAGUUGUAAGGGCCUCUGCGCAGGGAGAUGCUGUUGUUCUUUGCAAACAAGGUAGGACUGCACGAAGAGAAUUCUUGGAAGUAUUAGGGAUACUCACAGCGAGUGCAAUUUUGACAGAUACUGCCUUGGCUGAAAAAACGCCAAAAGGCUACCAGGCAGUCUUGGAUAAAUUUGAUGGAUAUACCUUCCUAUACCCUUUUGGGUGGCAGGAAGUUGUGGUUAAUGGCCAGGAUAAGACGUACAAAGAUGUGAUUGAACCCUUAGAAAGUGUCAGUGUCAGUAUUGUACCAACAAGCAAAACAGAUAUUCAUGAACUUGGACCACCAGAGGAGGUUGCUGAGACAUUAAUCAAAAAGGUUUUGUCUUCUUCAACUCAGAAAACAAAAUUAGUAAAUGUGAAAGAGCGCACAGCUGAGGGCAGGAACUACUACACAUUCGAGUUUGUUGCCAAGGCUCCCAACUACACACGGCAUGCCCUUGGAACUGUGGCUAUUGGGAAUGGCAAAUUUUACACACUCACAACUGGGGCAAAUGAACGGCGUUGGGGUAAAAUGGAAGACAAACUACGGACAAUUGCAGAGUCACUCACAUUAUUCAAAGUGUAAAAUUUUCUUAUUUCAUCCCCAUCAUCGUUGGUAUGCAUGGUUGAUGCUGUUCCAUAGACAUUUCAUAUAUUUUCUUGUACUGAAUGAUUGUCAGCAUAGAGCUGGAGGCACACAAAUUUCUGUGGAGAUGCUUUUUCUUGACCUUGGUAAGAAGGGUCUUAUAGAAACAUGCAUCUCCCCACAAGAAAUUGUUGUAGUAUCUUAUUCAUGUCUUACAUUUCAAGAGAAAGAAGCAAUUUUGUUCUAACUCUUUUAGAAAUGGAGUGCUAUGUAUCCAAAAGAGUUUAAUGUGCAUAUAUCCAGCUACCUUGAUUGUUGAUAGAUUUAGGAAGUUAAUAAGUCAUUUCUAUUGAAGUAUGGGAGGGGAAGGUACCGAAGUUAUCAAGCCCAAAAGGCACCCAAGUCGCCAAGAUUUGGGAUAAAAACCAUUUGCUCUCAGGUUCUGUUCUCUAUGAUUUUAUUGAGGAGGGAUGAAUAUACAAAUGAGAAAAACUUGUGUUUUGAUUCA